CCGAAAGCAAGCAUGGCGACGAAAGCUAAGCACCGUAAGAAGUCCAAAGCUGGCAGUAAAGUGACAUUUCGGCCCGCGACAGACGACAUGGAGGCCGACAACAUCGGCGGGGAGGAAGAUGAAGUCCCGGCGGCGGAUGGAGGUGAAGACAGAGGGAAGGAAGAAGGAGAAGAAGAAGAGUUCAACCUGGACGAGGUGUUACGGCUCGGAGGAACGCAGGCCGACUACGCGAUGCUCGCCGCCAUGAACGACUGCAACGAGAUCGUGGACGGGGGAAAGAAAGGAGCGAUCGACGACCUGGAGGAGGGCGAGCUGGAGAGGUUCAUCACCAAGCUCGGCCUCCGGGCGUACGCCGGCGUGCAGGUCGUCCCGGACGAGCCCGAGGACGGCGAGGGGGGAAGUGAAGAGGUCGCCGCAAAGGAAGCGGACGAAGAAAACGACGCCCAGGAGAAAGUAAAGCAGGAGGAGAAACCGAAGGCGAAGAAGCCGAAGAAGCCGAAAGAGAAGAAGAAACCGAACGUCAACGUGUUUGAGUUCCAGCGCCGCUCGGCGCUGCUCGUCCGACCCGGGGGGAAGUGGUUCGACCUGGAGUACGCCGCCGAGGACGCGGGCGCCGAGCAGGACGCGGCGCUGGUGGCCCGGUACGAGGCGCUCGCCCAGCAGCUGUACGAGGCCGACGUGGCGCUCUACAAGAGCAAGAAGAUCCUGCAGAAAGGCGCCAACUCCAACUGGAUGAAGACGGUGGUGUCCUCCGGCGUGCUGGCGGACCGCAUGGCGGCCAUGACGGUGCUCAUCCAGGACGCGCCGGUGCACACGCUGGAGCACGUGGAGAACCUGGUGGCGAUGGUGAAGAAGAAGGGCAGCCGGCGGAUGGGCCUCAUGGCGCUGGACACGCUGCGCGAGCUGCUGCUAUCCGACCUGCUGCCCGAGGCCCGCAAGCUCCGCCCCUUCGCCCAGCGCCCCUUCCACCUGCUGGAGGAGAAGGCGAGCGGCAACCGGGACUCUCGCGACCGCCGCCUCGUCCUCUGGUACUUCGAGCACCGCCUGCGGCGCCACGUGGCGGAGUUCGUGGCGGCGCUGGACGACGUGGCCCACGACACGGUGGCGGCCACCAAGGCGAAGGCGCUGGCCGCCGCCCACGAGCUGCUGUGCGGCCGGCCGGAGCAGGAGCGGGCGCUGCUCGGCCAGGUGGUCAACAAGCUGGGCGACCCCGAGUACCGGACGGCCGCCAAGGCGGCGCACCUGCUGGAGGCGCUGCUGCGCCGCCACCCCAACAUGAAGGCGGUGGUGUGCGGCGAGGUGGAGCGCCUGGUGUUCCGGGCCAACGUGAGCGCCAAGGCGCAGUACUACGCCGUGUGCUUCCUCAGCCAGGUGCGGCUCAGCCACGGCGAGGCCGCGCUCGCCGCCAAGCUGGUCGCCGUCUACUUCUCGUUCUUCCGCGCCUGCGUGAAGAAGAAGGACGUGGAGUCCAAGAUGCUGAGCGCGCUGCUGUCGGGCGUGAACCGGGCGUACCCGUACGCCGGCGCCGCCGACGCCGCGGUGCGCGAGCAGCUGGACACGCUGUUCCGCGUGGUGCACCUGGUGCGCUUCAACACGGCGGUGCAGGCGCUCAUGCUGCUGCUGCAGGUCAUGGACUCACAGCAGAGCGUCUCCGACCGCUUCUACACGGCGCUCUACAGGAAGCUCCUGGACCCCGGCCUGGCCUCCUCCUCCCGCCAGAGCAUGUUCCUCAACCUGCUCUACAAGUCCCUGAAGGCCGACGUCGUGCUGCGGCGCGUCAAAGCCUUCAUGAAGCGGCUGCUGCAGGUGAGCGGCGAGCAGAGCGCCGGCUUCACCUGCGGGGCGCUGUUCCUGGUGUCAGAGGUCAUGAAGGUCAAGCCGGGCCUCCGGCUGCUGCUGCUGCAGGACCGGGAAGGAGAGGAAGAGGAGUUCAAAGACCUCGCUGAGGAAGAUGACGAUGAAGAGGAGCGCUUUGUGGACGCCGACAAACUGGAGGAAGGCGCGAGUGCAACGCCGGAGGCGGAGAAGCCCGAGGAGGCGAAGCCCGCUGCAUCAUGGGUACACCACCAGAACCUGGAGGGAGGGAAGGGCGCCAAGAGCUACGAGCCGCUGCACAGGAACCCGUUGUACUGCGGCGCCGACCACGCAACCUUAUGGGAAAUGCAGAGGCUCUCCGUGCACUUCCACCCGUCCGUGUCGCUGUUUGCCAAAACGCUGCUGGAGGGGGGCGCCGUGCAGUACUCCGGGGACCCGCUGCAGGACUUCACCCUCAUGCGGUUCCUGGACCGGUUCGUCUUCAGGAACCCGAAGCAGCCAAAGGACAGACCGCUGAUGCCCAAACAGAGGUUCCCACUCAAAACGUUACCAGUGAACUGUGAGGAGUUUCUGUCUAAAGAGGAACACCAGAUCCCCGUGGAGGAAGUCUUCUUCCAUCGUUUCUUCAAGAAGCAGCAGCAGGUGAAGCAGCGGCGUCGUCAUGGCGACGGAGACAACGAGAGUGUCCAGGACGUGGACGACGAAGAGUUUGAGUUGAUGCUCGAUUCCUGUGAGGGAGACUCGUACUUCACCGAGAUGCCGGUCGAUAAUCUGGACUUUGCCGGAAACGUGAAGAGCAAGAAGAGGAAGAGGAGCGGCGAGGAGUCCGAGGAGUCUGACGUGGACGACCUGGACGACGAGGAGGUGUCCCUGGGCAGCAUGGACGAGGAAGACUUCGGGGACGAGCUGGAGGAGGAAGGAGGCGCCUUCGUGGACCUCGGAGGAGACGACGAUGAAGAAGUUCCGGAGCUCGACGACGACUUCAGUGACGAGGCGGUCCCAGACGUCGCUCCUCGAGCCAAGAAGGGGAAGAGGAAAUCCUCCGAGGAGCUCGGAGCGUCGGAUUCUAAACCGGGGAAGAAGAACAAGAGGAAAGAUUCCGCCAUGUUUGCUUCUGCUGAAGAGUUCGGCUCUCUGCUGGACGAGAACGCCGGCUCCAAGUUCGACAACAUCGGCCUCAACGCGAUGGCCAACACCGACAAAGCCGGCCUGAAGCAGCUCAAGUGGGAGGCGCGGCGAGACGACUGGAUGCAGGACCGCGACGCCAAGACGAUGCGCCGCAAGAAGACGGCGUUCAACAAGAAGAAGAUGUUCGGCAACAGGAAGAGGAAGUAGACGUUCCUUUCUUCAUUCCCGUUCGCCCGCCCAAGCCUCGCGGUCCCUCUCUCGGACGCCGUAGAGCCCCGCCCACUCGUUGGACUGGUAGUAAACUGGGAACGCACAAGAAGAAAACUGGUUCAGCGAAACCAAAGACUUUGAUACCCGAUGUUGUGAGAGACUUUAGAUUAACAUUUUAUGAUGUCGUCUUUUCUCCGUUUGCCCUUAUGGUGUAUUUAUCAGAAGUCGUCAUUAAAUAUUUACAAAAAUCCUGGAAAAAUUAAUGUCAUUGAUUAAAUAAAGUAUUUUUAAUUAA